AUGACUGGGUCAUUGGUAGACGUUCUUAGCAAGGAUUCCUACUUGCACCCGCCGCCCAACAGGAUCCCGCCGCCUAGCCCCUGCCGCGUCCCGCGCGCCGGCGUCCCGCGCGCAGCAGGUUCGCGACCGCCGAUCCCUCGCGUCCCGCGCGCCGUGCCGAGGCGUCCCGCGCGCAGCAGGUUCGCGGCCGCCGCUCCGACGCGUCCCGCGUGCCGUGCCGACGCGUCCCGCGCGCAGCAGGUUCGCGGCCGCCACUUCGACGUGUCCCGCGUGCCAGAAGACUCCGCGCAGCAGGUUCGCGGCCACGACACAGGAUCCCGCGCGCAGCAGGUUCGCGGCCACGGCACAGGAUCCCGUCGCGCCGUGCCGACGGGACAAACGUGUAUUGUGAUGGAUCCUACGCCGGAACCAGCAGACAUUGAAUCAGGAGUUGGUGAUGUUACGACACCUGAACGAGGCAGACCAACCAUGGUACGUGGUUCCAUGACGACAGGUCGUCGUGGCGCAGGAUUUACACUGGCAGGGUGUAGUGCCGGUCAUGGCACUAGUUGUGUGAUACGCGGUAGUAGGAGUGCUGGAAGGAGCAUUCGUGGUGGCCGAAGUGUUGGUAUUGACAUCGAUUUAAAUGCUCAAGGUCGGGAAGAUGAUGAACCAAUUCAAGUUGAAGCUGAAAUUACUGCAAAUAAUUCGAAGGAGAAAUAUGACAAGGCAGAUUGGUCAUCCAUGAAUACUAGAACUUUUUGUGAAAUAUGUGUUGAAGAGGUUGAAGCUGGUAACAGACCAAAUGGAACACUAACUACUGCAGCGUAUAAAAAUAUUUGUGUUAAGUAUCGACAAAGAACUGGUUUGCUUCACAGCAAAACUCAAUUGAAGAAUAAGUGGGAUUUACUGAAAGGGCUUUACAGUUUUUGGCUUGGCCUAAACAAAGAUACAGGACUUGGAUGGGAUUCUAAGCUAGGGACUGUGAUUGCAAGUGAUGAAUACUGGAAGAAAAAUACAAAGGGGCAUCCUGAUUGGAAGAAACUGAAAUAUGGCCCUCCAGAUAAUGAAGAUUUCAUGACACAAAUGUUUGAACAUAUUGCAGUGGAUGGAUCUACAUCAUGCGCUCCAGGUGAAUUUUAUGAUGUGGAAAAUCAUGAGACUGAGGUUGAUGGUAUUGAUGGAGUUGAUUUUGGCACAUUUGAGGCAGACUGUGAUGCUCAAUAUGAUGAAUUUGCGUCUCCUUUUGCUAGUGGCAGCAAUUCAACUCAGUCGAAGAGAGGCGUCUCAACUCAGUCAAAGAAAAGAGCUAGUCCUACUGUUGUUAAUAGCCCACUGAAGCGCUCAAAGAAUCCCAUGGUUAAGGUCAUGAAUAAGAUUCAUAAUACUUUGGAGAUCAAUUGCAAUAUUUCAAACAAAGUAAUGCUUGGUGAGUAUAGGUAUGAAUCAAUCAAGCAAUGCAUGGAAUGGGCUGUUGAGUGUGGAGCAACUGAAGGAUCACUUAAGCAUUUCAUGGCUACUCAGCUAUUGGGGACUUUUUUUAGCUCCUGUGCAACAAGAUUUGCUUAA